AGCAUGUUCGCCCGCGUUCUCUCCGCCCGCAGAUCUGCCCGCCUGCUGGCCCUGGCGGGGGCCGCCGGCUCCCUGGCGGCGGGAUUCCUCGUCUCCCGAGACUCCGUGGGAGCCACGGCGACCAAGCGGCGCCUCUACCCGCCCAGUGCUGAGUACCCUGAUCUGCGCAAACACAACAACUGCAUGGCCAGCAACCUGACCCCAGCUAUCUAUGCCCACCUCUGCGACAAAGCCACACCCAAUGGCUGGACUCUGGACCAAUGCAUCCAGACCGGGGUGGACAACCCUGGGCACCCCUUCAUCAAGACCGUCGGCAUGGUGGCAGGCGAUGAGGAGUCCUACGAGGUUUUUGCCGGUAUCUUCGACCCAGUGAUUGAGGAGCGGCACAACGGCUACAACCCCCGCGUCAUGAAACACCCGACUGAUCUGGAAGCCAGUAAGAUCAAGGCUGGCCACUUUGAUGAGCGCUACGUAUUGUCAUCGCGGGUGCGGACGGGCCGCAGCAUCCGCGGCCUCAGCCUGCCUCCCGCUUGCACCCGGGCUGAGCGUCGGGAGGUGGAGAAGGUCACGACAGAGGCCCUGAGCGGCUUGACCGCGGACCUGGCUGGGAAGUACUACCGCCUCAGUGAAAUGACGGAGAAGGAACAGCAGCAGCUGAUCGACGACCACUUCCUUUUUGACAAGCCGGUCUCCCCCCUGCUGACAGCGGCGGGCAUGGCGCGGGACUGGCCUGAUGCCCGUGGGAUCUGGCACAACCACGAGAAGACCUUCCUGAUCUGGGUGAACGAGGAAGACCACACCCGCAUCAUCUCGAUGGAGAAAGGGGGCAACAUGAAGAGGGUCUUCGAGAGGUUCUGCCGGGGCCUGAAGGAGGUGGAGCGCUUGAUCCAGGAGAGGGGCUGGGAGUUCAUGUGGAAUGAGAGGCUAGGCUACAUCCUGACGUGUCCCUCGAACCUGGGCACCGGGCUGCGUGCCGGAGUGCACAUCAAGCUGCCACUGCUGAGCAAGGACAGUCGCUUCUCUAAGAUCCUGGAGAACCUGAGGCUGCAAAAACGAGGAACAGGAGGGGUGGACACUGCGGCCACAGGAAGUAUUUUCGACAUUUCCAACCUGGAUCGCCUGGGCAAAUCAGAGGUGGAGCUGGUGCAACUGGUGAUUGAUGGGGUGAACUACCUGAUCGACUGCGAGAAGCGCCUGGAGCGAGGCCAGGACAUCCGCAUCCCACCGCCAGUGCCGCAGUUCCGCAGCUGA